GUUUGACAUCACUUCCGGCCCCGGCCGGCGGCUUGCUUGCCUCUCUUUCUGUUUGAGCGUGGAUGUGUGGACCUAGGUGAGUGGACUCCGAGCACUGGGAGUCUAGCGGAGGGAGUCGGAGAAUGUGGGGCCAGCAGCAUGGAAAAGGAAGGCGGGAAGCCCGCGGCUGUUGUCGCAGUUGUAACUGAGCCUCGGUUUACCCAGCGGUACAGGGAGUAUCUCGAGAAGCAGAAACUCCUGGAUAGACAGCACCGUGUGGAAAAGAUGCCGGAUGGCACCGUGGCGCUACCGGUGCUGGGAGAGGCCCUCCCUGAGCAGCACCUGCGGGAGCUGACGAAUCGUGCGGCUCCAGGCAGCACCUGUGUGCUAACGCAGCUCCUGGAUCCUGUUCCUUCAAGGAAGGCCCGGGGUUUUUCACCUGCCCAAAGGCUGUGUCUUGAGGUGAGGCGCUGGGUAGAGGGCUGCGGAGUGACGUGGUCAGCUGAGUUGGAGGCUGAUCUGCCCCGAUCUUGGCAACGACACGGUGAUCUCUUGUUGCUGAGUGAGGACUGUUUCCAAGCCAAGCAGUGGAGAAAUCUGGAACCAGAACUCUGGGAGACUGUUGCCUUGGCACUUGGCGUCCAGCGUUUGGCCAAACGAGGGCGGGUAUCACCGGAUGGCGCUCGGACUCCGGCAGUGAGUCUGCUGCUAGGUGACAGUGUCUGGGUAGAGCAUGUGGAUAAUGGCAUCCGGUAUAAGUUUGACGUGACCCAGUGCAUGUUCUCCUUCGGAAACAUCACUGAGAAGCUUCGUGUGGCUUCGUUGCCCUGUGCUGGAGAAGUACUGGUGGAUCUCUAUGCAGGGAUUGGUUAUUUCACAUUGCCUUUCCUAGUUCAUGCUGGUGCUGCCUUCGUCCAUGCCUGUGAGUGGAACCCCCAUGCUGUCGUUGCUCUGAGAAAUAACCUUGAGCUCAAUGGAGUAGUGGAUCGGUGCCAAAUACACUUUGGGGAUAACAGAAAACUGAAGCUCUCAAAUGUUGCGGACAGGGUGAACCUCGGGCUGAUUCCCAGCUCUGAAGAAGGCUGGCCCAUUGCCUGCCAAGUGCUAAGACGGGAUGCUGGAGGCAUUCUGCAUAUUCACCAAAAUGUGGAAUCUUUCCCAGGGAAGACUCUCCAGCCUCCUGGAAACAGUGACACGGAGAAGGAGCACUGGCUUUCUCCUCAGCUUAUUAUCACCAACCAGUUGGAAAACGGAGCUACCAGUGACUCUGGGAGAAAAAUGCUGUCAGCAGCCACCAAACCAGCGUGGCAAAGGUGGGCAGAGUCUGCAGAGACUCGCAUUGCUACUCUCCUUCAGCGGGUGCACGGGAAGCCGUGGAAGACACAAAUUCUGCACAUCCAGCCAGUGAAAUCCUAUGCUCCCCACGUGGAUCACAUAGUCCUGGAUCUGGACUGCCGCCCUUGUCCUCUAGUUGGCUAGAGAGGGUGGCUCCUGAGACAUGAGGAUCUCCAUCUAUGCAUACUCACAGUUUCAAAACUCAAAUAAAAGUAACAGAACUUUAUGAAAAAAGCAGCCGUUGCACAGCACCAUCCUGAAGCAGCUGUCCCGCAGCUCCUUCCCCUCACGUUGUGUGUCUACGUUCACCACCUUCAGGUGGGCUUAUUUGCCAGAGGAGACGCAGGACCUAACCUCUGUGUGCCACCAGGAGCCGUGUGAGUCCGUGGAACUGGGUCCUGACGGCGUGGGAUCAGAAGUAGUUUGCAUUCACACAGGACAGACAACAGCCCUCUCCCAGUCUCCAUCAUAAUAUACUCUGAAGAGGUCUAGACCAUGUGAACAUUCCACAGAACGCCGCCCUGACCUGUUACGUUCAUGACAUCAUAGUACUUGGGCCAGAUAAACAGUAAGUAUCCAGCACAUUGUACUCCCAAGGAUGGGAAAUGAUCACUAAUAAGAACCAGCAAACUUUUAUAUCAGUGAAAUUUUUAGGGAGUGGUCUGCUUGAAUGUCAAGAUGCCGCCCUCAUAAUAAAGACUUUUUUUCCCGCAUUCAUUUUAUCAGUAUUAUUUGGCCACCAAGGAAGCACAUCAAGCUCCAGGCUUCUUUGGGGGGGAUAUUCAGAACCGGGAAUGCUGCCCUGCCUCAUACACUGGGUGACAGAAGGCUGCCGGUUCUCACUUGGCUCUAAAGGCUCUGUAGCAGGUUCAGGCUGCAGUGUGACUAACCUUGUCAUGUGGGCCGUUCGGUCCAGGAGAUUCUACGGGGCGAGACAGUCUUGAUAACCGAAGUGGCCCUAGGAGCCUAUGCAAGGUCCAGCAGGAGAAUCCCAAGGUAGACAUCUAGGUUCUGCAGCAAGGCCAGGGCAGCCGCUGCGGAGGACUGCAAGUCACUCAAAAAUGGCUCCUUGCGUGCCAACGAGCCUUGGUAAGAACGGAGCCUCUCGUGAGACGUUAGCCUGAGUUGCUCAUCAUGAGCUAGGUUUUGUCAGACCCACCAAGUCAGUCCAUCAUAAGACGGAAGUGGUACAUCUGGGAUCGGUGACAAGCAGGGCCAGAGGAAAUGAACAGUUGCACAGGCAUGUGUCAAACUCACAACUCACCCCAAGAUCCCUCCCUCAGCUCUGAUGUCUAACUGAUGGAGGACAAAAAGCCCAGGCUCAGUUCACUGAUGGGUUUUGCUGGAAUAUCGGUUCGAAACACAACAGACUGCUGCUGUCCUUCAGCCUGAGUCGGGAGUGCUGUUAAAAGACGGGAGUUCUCCGAACAGGCGGAACUUGGGGCAGUCUUCCUGGUUGUCCACCUUGUGUGGAAAGGAAAGUGGCCUGAAAGUAAGAAUAUAGCUUUUUGGCAAGUGGCAAAUAGGUUGUCUAGAUGGUCAGGGGCCUGGAAUGAGAAAGAUUAGAAGAUGAGGGACAAGGUAACCUAGAGAAGAAGCAGGGGAGAAAUCUGUGGGAUUGGGCACCGAGUAAAGAACUUUGCGCUGCAUAACAGUGCCUACCAGGGACAUCCACCAUGGAAGAGGCGCUCAAUAUCAAGUAAACAAAGAGCCCCAGCCAGUUAACUUCAGCGACCACAGUCAUCAGCUCUCCCAGGACUGGCAUGAUGGGCUCGUCAUGUAGUCAUGUUGCAGGGGUGUGGGUUAGCAAGAGGCCAACAGCGUGGCUUCCACUCACCAAGUGGCCACUCCUUCAUGUCCAACACUGAGCCCUUGAUACAACAUUAUCCCUCAAGGAAACUGAGCAGCUACGUGGUAUCAAGUUGAUUACACUGGACUCCUAUCCUGGAAGGACAGUGAUUCACCUUGACUAGAAUCUUCCCAUCUCCAGGUAUGAGUCUGCCUUUCCUGCCCACAAGAUGUUAGCCAGACUACUUAUCGCAGGGUUUACAAGUGUUUGAUCCAUCGGUAUCUAUCCUGCAUAAUAUUGCCUUUGACCUGGGGACCCACUUUGCAGCAAAAGAGGUGUUUCAGUGAGCACGUGACCAUUGGAAUUCACCAGUCCUAUCACAUACUACAGAACCUCAGAAAUGCUGGCCCAGUGGAGUGGUGGAAAAACCUUUCGAACUGAAGCAAGAGCUUGGAGAUGAUACCCUGUGAAGAUAGGAUGCCGUCCACCAGGACUCAGUAUACAUGCUAAAUCAAAUACAUCACAUAGUGCCACGUCCACUAUAGAUAGAAAACGCUGCAAGUCUGUGGUGGGCUAAAUAAUGGGCCCCAAUUAUGUCCAUGUCCUAAUCCCCAGAAUCUGUGAAUAUAUUACCUUACGUGGUAAAAGGGAUUUGUCAGAGUAAGUUAAGGAUCUCCAGAUGGGGAGGGUAUCAUGGAUGAUCUAGGUGGGCCCAAUAUAAUCUCAGAGGUCCUUAUAAGAGGGAGGUGGGAGCGAGUAGCAGGAGAUGUGAUGACUGAAGUAGGAGGUUAGAGUGAUGUAAGGAAGGGACCAUGAGCCAAGGAAUGUAGGCAGCCUCUAGAAAUAGAAAAAGGCAAAGAAAUGGAUUCUCUUCCAAAGCCUUCAGGAGGAACACAGCCUUGUUGACACCUCAAUUUUAGAUUAUUGAUUUCCAUGAUGUAAGAGAAUAAAUUUGUGUUGUUUUGAACCAUGAAA